UUUCAGGAUGAGCGAAACAACUGCAGCACUCUUCAAGGAGAUCGUCCCAGCGCAUCGCACCCCGCAUUCUAAGAUCACUGUGGUUGGUGUGGGCCAAGUUGGCAUGGCUUGUGCUGUUAGCAUUAUGCAGAAGAAUAUCGUGAGUGAACUAUGCUUGGUGGAUGUUGUGGCGGACAAAUUAAAGGGCGAAAUGAUGGAUUUGCAACAUGGAGUCCCAUUCAUGAGUCCAUGUAUUAUCCGUGCCUCCGUCGAUUAUGAAAUCACCAAGGGCUCGAAACUUUGUGUAGUAACAGCAGGUGUUCGUCAGCGUGAAGGCGAAAGUCGUCUCUCAUUAGUACAACGUAAUGUAGAAAUUUUCAAGGGCAUCAUUCCUAAACUGGUUGCUAAUUCUCCGGAUACUAUGCUACUGAUUGUCUCCAAUCCAGUCGAUGUGCUCACCUAUGUUGCAUGGAAAAUUUCUGGGCUACCACCACAUCGUGUAUUCGGUAGUGGAACAAACCUUGAUUCUGCCCGUUUCCGUUUUCUGCUUUCCGAGAAACUCGGGAUUGCAGCAACCAGUUGCCACGGAUGGAUUAUCGGUGAACAUGGCGAUUCGAGCGUCCCGGUUUGGUCUGGUGUUAAUGUGGCAGGUGUUGCACUGCGUGACGUGAAACCGGACAUUGGCAAGAGCGCUGAUUCAGAUAAAUGGCACGAAGAAAUCCACAAAGGAGUCGUUUCAGCUGCUUACGAGAUCAUAAAGCUAAAAGGUUAUACUUCCUGGGCCAUUGGUAUGUCAACGGCUGCCAUUGCCACGAUUGCUCUUCGUAAUACGCGUUCUGUUUGUGCUCUUUCGGUCAACGUUAAGGGUUUACAUGGUAUCGAUCAAGACGUUUACUUGUCGCUUCCAGUCGUUCUUGGUGAGAAUGGCAUCACUCAUAUUGUAAAGCAGAAUUUGAAUGAAACGGAGAUAAAGCAGCUUCAAAAAUCUGCCGCGCAGCUGUAUGAGGUGCAAUGCGGUAUCAAAGGUCUUUGAGGAGAACAGGAGACAAGAUUUUGCGAUAGUCAAACCUGACAUUCAUAUUUUCUGUAAUUGGUCUUGAUGAAAGUAAAUUUAAAAAAAAAUCAACACUUACCAAAAUGAUUUAACUUAAAUUUAAUUUUUCGUUCUGUACCGUCCAUUCAUUUCGCACGCUGGAUGUUUCUGGCGAAAUUGAAAUUAGCAGAAUUCAAAGGCUUUAUUCUCCAUAUUGCUCUC